ACUAAGGGCACCAAAUUAAUUAUCCCUUUUUAUUUUGUGGUAAAUUAGUGCUACCAUGGCGGAGCACGACCAGGUGAGGAGCGGCACCUUCAUCGGACGGCUACAGGUGCGGCGGAGGAGAAGCCGGAUGUCGUGGGCACGUGCUUGGGUAAGGGAGGCCACCCUUGCUAUGCUCGUGGGCGUUAAUGCAGGAUGGUACGCCGGCCGCCAGCACGGCCGGUGCCGUUGUGAUCUGUCCGCAGCCACCAGUCCUCUCUGGAUUCCUCUGUCGUAUCCUUCUCAACCUCCGACUUACUGCUCCUGUGUCGUGAUUUGAAUGGGAAAUUGGAGGCUGGCCGUGUGCUUCUCCAACAAAAAUUUAUGGAGUGCCUGACCCGGAUUUGAUUGGCUGCUAUAAGAAGUAAGGGUCCUUGGCCGGAAUCUCCAUCAGGUUUUGCCCUUCGACCAUAAUCUCCAUCAUCCUGUCAAAAUUGCAAAUUUUGACCAAACAUCCAAUGUCGACACUGAGUUUGCCAGAGGAAGAAGCACUGAGUUCACCGGAGGAACAAGAACGUCCAUCGAGCCGUGCAUUGUCUCCUGUGGUGGCUACACGAGAGGCCCUUAAGAUGAGUGAUAAACAUUUGUUGAGCCGUCCAAUGUUGCAUAUGGCAGCUACACCAGAGGCAUGCAUCCCCUUCAUAUUAGUUUGCAUAUCCGUUGUCUCCUUAGACCUCACCGUCAUCAUCUCCGCCGACUUCGUCGCAAGACAAUCUGCCAUCGCCUCUGCCGACUUAGCCGGAAAACCAUCAACCGUCGCCUAUACCUACUAUGGUUCAGGUACUUUUGAAGCAUCUGAUGGGUCUCAUAUAUUUGUCAAAUCGUCAAUUUACUGUAGCAAAUAUAGUCGUACUCCUACAUAGAUGGAUUCUUCUUGUACAUGACAGAAGCAGAGUAAAUUCGUAAGGAGUGUUUAGUAGUUUAGUACAUAGGUGACCAGAAAAAAAGUAGUUCACAAAUAAGUGAUGGACGGGUCUCAAUUAUUUUCAAGAGGGCAUUAUGUUUACGAAAAAUUGCUCCUCACCAUAUUUUGACAACUAGAAAAAUGCAGUUCUGCUUGAGAAAGUAAAUGUAGGAUUUUUCUUUAGGUUCUGCGCUGAGUCUGCGGGUCUCACAAAGAUGUAGGAUAAAUAAAAUGUCAAAAAGAAUAGAUUACUUCUCAUUUAAUGGAUCAUAGUGUGUGUCUUGGUCUUUCCAUUUUUUCUGGUUUUGCAGCCUAGAAUUUUUUAACAUGCGCAUAUAUAGCUACUUAAUCAACUGAGUUCAUUUAUGAUGUAUCACAGACCACAUUUACUGAUAUGAUUUACUUUCUCAUUCUAGAAUUUUGCUUCUACACAUGUCCAGCAGUACUUCCACCCCUUUGUGUUGUAUUUUGCUCUUGGAUUUUUGACAUAGAUGUGAAAUUUAAGUCAACUAUUCUCAUUGUUAUGCAAAUUCAUCUAUGUACUAUGAUUUUCUGAAAUAGAUAGCCAAAAUAAAAGAAAAUUGUGGAAAAUGGUGCUCCUGAAUUUGGGGUUUAGAUAUGUGCAGCAGGUUACUAUUCAGACUGAACCUGUCAACUCCCCAAGUGAUUUUUUGUUCUCAUAACUUAGAAACUUGUCCAGCUGCUCAAAAGAUCCCAAAUCCAUUGUAGAAUUGGAGGUUGUCGAUCUUCCGAAAGUAUAGUUUGACCAAUUUCUUGUGUAGAAGAACUACUUCAAUCCUGAUCCUAAACUCAUCUGGAGUCUAUCUGGUUUUACACAACGCAUGACUAUCCAGGUCCAUUAGUUAAUCAAUUAUUUUAUUUCUAUAAGGCUAGAAAGCCUUUAUUUGCAGAUAUCAUUGCUAGCUUCCAUCAUAGCUGGGAUCAAUGAAAGAAUCUAUACUUACAACCUGUUAACCAAAAUAGCAAUAUGUUGUGAUUUUGAGGUCAGUCGCCAAAACAAUUAUGUUCUUACAACCUGCACGAUGGUUUCGGUGGCCCUCCUCCAGUCAGAGCACUACUAUGCAAUAAACAUAGCCUUUGAACAAUUCUAGCUAUCAAUUUUGCAAACACCUUGGAUAGAAUGUGUAUCUAUUGCCGAGAAUGUCAGGAGUCUCAUUAGUAAGAAAUGAUGGCUCUAAUACUACUCUUGACACACAUAUAAUUAGGAGUUGUCAUUUUAAAAUGGUUACUACUUGGAGUACUUUGGCCAGUAUUCAGCGGUGUUCAACAUC